AUGUCUAUAAAUCAAUUAUGUAACGAUACUGACGAUGAGGUAAAAGAAGCCGCGGCUGUUCUAGAAAAUAUGAAACAAGGGCAGAUGCCAACCUCACCUUCUGGUGAAACGGACAAUACUUUAAUGUCACGAAUAGGAGGCGAAGAUGUAAUAAUCGGGGGUGAGAAGGAUGAUGCUUCUGCUCAAAAUCGAAAAAGGGGUGUUCAUGGUGAAUUAAGAAGUUCAUCUCCUUCAUACAGAUCCCCCUCUCGAUCUCAUCGUUCUUCUCAAUCAAAUGGUUCUCAAAAUAGUUCUUCUCUUUACUCUUAUCCUAAUAACAACAACAACAAUUACACAGCUUCAAAUCCUACUACUACCGUACUACGCAAUAGAUUGCAGCAAGUGCUUGUUGGUGCUGGCACCGCUGCUGGCGCCGCCGGUGCUGCCGUCAGUGAAGAAUCUAUGAAAAGUCUUAAAUAUUGUCUUCAAUGGUUAACUUAUGCUACUCAGCAUAUAGGCAACCAAAUUGCUGCCUUAAAAAGUAUUAUUGACAGUUUUACCUCCCCUGCUUCAAGUGGUGCUCUUAUAUCUCAAUCAUCUUCGAAGCUUGCUGCAAUUAAAAAGGAAGUUGUUGAUACCCUUCGCAAAGUCAUCGAAGUUGUUUCUAAAUAUGCCAGCAUUUGUCUCCCUGAACAUGCUAAACAUAACGUUAGAACAAACGAAUCUCUUGAUAUGCUCCGUGGUGUUGCUGGUAUAUUUAGUGAAACUGUCGGUCGUGCUGAAGCUUGGGUUGAACGUUUAAGUUCUUUUGGUGUAACUGGUGGUGGUGCUAAUGCUAUGGGUCAUAUCCAUUUUGAUAGUAUCCCUCAGCCAAAUGGUAACGGUUAUACUUAUAGUCAAGCUACUAGUAGUCCACCAUCUCAUUCUCCUGUAACUCCUCGGUCACGUAGAACUUCUACUAAUUCGGCCCAUGAUGAAGAUGAUGAUUUUUCGGAUUCUUCUUCUGAAUCUGAUGCUGAGAGUAUGCGCAUGGAAAUGGAUGGUCGUCGUGUAAAGACUACUUCUCAUUCAAAUGGUUCAUUAAAUGGUGCCAAGAAAAGAAAAAAAGCUGGAAAAAAAUCUGAAAAUGAUAGAAUGGAUCUUUCUUA